AUGGACGAUCUCGAGCAGCUCGAGAUUCUUUCGCUGGUCUCGAAAGUCACAAGCGAAAUUGACAACCACAUGGGAGUUUCUGACAAAACCAUAGCCGAGUUCGUCAUCGCCCAGCAUGCCGAGUGCGCAAAUCGAGAAGAGUUCGUGGAAAGAUGCGCCGGGUUUGAUUUUCCGAAGGUGCUGGCCGAGAGUAUCGAUCGGCUCAUCAGGACGAUGCAUCCAAGACACCGGGGAAACGGCAAUGCCAAUGGAAAGGAAUCCAGCCCUCCCACACAACAGAGUAAAAGUGAGAAGUUCAGAGGUUUGGCAAUACCGGAUAAGCGGGUAGAGGAUGGUGCCAUGGACGACACGUUCGCAUUUCUGGAGAGCAUGGCCGGUGGAGGCGCUACGAAUGGGAGGAAAAGGAGCAUGGAACCGGAGCCUGCGCUGGAGAAGGUUCAUGAACGCUCGGUCAAGAGAAGGAAGUCGCGAUCGAGGUCUAGGAGCCCGAAGAGAAGGAAUGACGAUUAUCUGUUUGAGGAUGAGUAUGGCAGAACGCGAUCAUACAGGCCUUCGGACCGUUCUGGGAGAGAUGGAAGACGCAGAAAGGGCAGCCGAAGUCCAAAGCGAAGAAGCAGGAGAGAUUCGUUUGAUCGCGCGCCCACUCCAGAGCUCGACGACGAGCCUGUGCUUUACAAGGUCUACGAUGGACGGGUUACUGGUGUCAAGGAAUUCGGUGUCUUCGUGAAUCUCUUGGGGGUCAAGGGAAAGGUCGAUGGAUUGGUACACGUGUCGGCGAUGGCAGAUCACAAGGUCAACCACCCGAGCGACUUGGUAUCGCGAAAUCAAGAAGUGAAAGUAAAGGUCAUGAAAGUCCAGGAUAAGCGCAUAUCUCUCAGCAUGAUGGAGGUGGAUCAACAGACGGGCCAGGAUCUCAACCCGGGCAGACGAUUGCAAGGCACUGGAGCAAAUGCUGUUGGUCUCAAUGGCUCAAAUCCAUUGGAGAACCCGGUUCCUGUCAUUGAAACCGCUGCAGAUCGAAGAAGGCAACGGAAGCGUAUGACAAGCCCCGAACGAUGGGAAAUCCGCCAGUUGAUUGCCUCGGGCGUCAUAAAGGCAGCGGACUAUCCGGAUCUUGACGAGGACUACAACACUGCAGUCAAUGGAGAAACAAUGGAAGAGGAGGAAGACGUCGAUAUCGAGGUGCGCGAGGAGGAGCCGCCUUUCUUAGCCGGUCAAACGAAACAAUCUCUUGAAUUGUCCCCGAUCCGAGUCAUCAAGGCGCCUGACGGUAGUAUGAACCGUGCAGCCAUGCAAGGCGACGUUUUGGCGAAAGAGAGGAGAGACUUGCGGCAGCAGGAGGCACAGGACAAAGCUGCGAAGGAAGCAGCAAAGACUGAUCUCGGUCAGGAGUGGAAUGAUCCUAUGAUCAACCCUAGCGAACGGCGAUUUGCUUCUGAUUUACGACAACCGAAGCAGAAUAGCUCCGCUGGCGCUCUGGAGAUGCCAGAAUGGAAGAAGGUGGCCUCAGGCAAGGCAGAGCUGGGUAAGAGGACCAGUCUCUCCAUCAAGGAGCAGCGGGAAUCUCUUCCGGCUUUCAAGAUGCGCAAGCAGUUUUUGGAUGCCGUACGCCAGUAUCAGCUUCUCAUUGUGAUCGGCGAUACUGGUUCAGGCAAAACCACUCAACUUACGCAAUACUUGGCUGAAGAUGGCCUUGCCAACAAUGGCAUGAUCGGAUGCACACAGCCUCGACGUGUAGCCGCGAUGUCUGUUGCGGCCAGAGUUAGCGACGAGGUUGGCUGCCGGCUCGGAGAAGAAGUCGGAUACACAAUCCGGUUUGAGGACAAGACUUCCGACAAGACCAAGAUCAAGUACAUGACCGACGGGAUAAUGCAGCGUGAGAUCCUUCUGGAUCCCGAACUUAACAAAUAUAGCGUGAUCAUGUUGGACGAAGCUCACGAGCGGACAAUCGCUACCGAUGUUUUGUUUGGCCUACUCAAAAAGACGCUGAAGCGGAGGCCGGACAUGAAGCUUAUCGUCACUUCAGCUACCCUGGACGCACAGAAGUUCUCUGAGUACUUCAACGAGUGUCCGAUUCUCUCAAUUCCAGGAAGGACCUUCCCCGUGGAGAUCAUGUACAGCAGAGAGCCCGAAAGCGAUUAUCUAGAUUCUGCACUUACGUGCGUCAUGGAGAUUCACCUGAAGGAGAAGCCUGGCGAUAUCCUCCUCUUCUUGACAGGAAAAGAGGAGAUUGAUACAUCUUGCGAAAUUCUUCACGAACGCAUGAAAGCUCUCGGCCCUGCUGUGCCGGAACUGAUAAUUCUGCCAAUCUACGGUGCCCUGCCGUCUGAGAUCGCUAGCCGUAUCUUCGAACCCUCGCCCUCAGGUAGCAGAAAGGUCGUCAUUGCGACCAACAUUGCCGAAACAAGUAUCACAAUCGACGGAAUCUACUUCGUCGUCGAUCCGGGUUUCGUCAAGCAGACUGCAUACGAUGCGAAGCUGGGCAUGGACAGACUCCAAGUCACGCCAAUCUCGCAGGCCCAGGCUAAACAGCGCGCGGGACGCGCUGGCAGAACGGGCCCUGGAAAGUGCUUUAGACUUUAUACUGAGAAUGCGUUCCAGAGCGAGAUGUUGCCGACCACCAUCCCCGAGAUUCAGCGACAGAAUCUGUCUAACACAAUUCUCAUGCUAAAAGCAAUGGGAAUCAAUGAUCUUCUCGGAUUUGAUUUUAUGGAUCCUCCACCUACUAAUACCAUGCUUACGGCUUUGGAAGAGCUUUAUGCCCUCUCGGCUCUCGAUGACGAAGGCCUGCUUACACGACUUGGGCGUCGCAUGGCUGACUUCCCCAUGGACCCUGCGCUUGCAAAGUCUCUCAUCAUGUCCGUCGAUCUCGGCUGCAGCGACGAGAUGUUGUCAAUUGUUGCAAUGAUCUCGGCCGUGCAGACCGUGUUCCACCGACCUAAAGACAAGCAACAGCAAGCCGAUCAGAAGAAGGCCCGCUUCCACGAUCCCGCAGGAGACCAUCUCACGCUUCUGAAUGUGUACAAUGGGUGGAAGAAUGCCGGCAAAAGUGAUCCCUGGUGUUUUGAGAACUUCAUCCAACCCCGGUCGAUGAAACGGGCAGAGGACGUACGCAAACAGCUGGUGCAGAUCCUUGACCGACACAGGUUAAAGGUUGUAUCCUGUGGCCGUGAUACCAUGCGUGUUCGGCAAUCUCUUUGCUCGGGCUUCUUCCGCAACUCAGCGCGAAAGGACCCGCAGGAGGGCUACAAAACACUGGUUGAGGGUACUCCAGUCUACAUGCAUCCCGCAUCUGCUCUCUUCGGAAAGGCAGCAGAGCAUGUCAUUUACCAUUCCCUGGUCGAGACGACAAGGGAAUACAUGCAUAACGUGACGGCCAUUGAACCGAAGUGGUUGGUAGAGGCAGCUCCCACGUUUUUCAAGGUCGCGGGCAAGGACGGCAUGGGCAUGAGUAAGAGGAAGCGAGACGAGCGGAUUCAGCCUCUCCACAACAGAUUUGCAGGUGAGGAUGACUGGCGGCUUAGCGCGCAGCGUAGGCAAGGCAGAGGCGGUGGAGGCACUUGGGGCUAG